AUGGCGGCGCUGGGGCUGAGCGAGCGCGAGCGGGCCGGCUGCCGCGACCUGCUCGAGUUCCUGGACACCGAGGAGCUCGUGGCGCUCACCGACACCAUCACCAACCGCCUCGUGCACCCCGAGAGCCGCCAAGAAGCCAUCCACGCAAUUUUGGUUUACAGCCAAAGCGCAGAAGAGCUUUUGAAACGAAGGAAGGUCUAUCGAGAAAUAAUCUUUAAGUAUUUGUCAACACAAGGGGUUCCAGUGCCUCCUUCCUCAGAGAAGCACCAGCUCAUUGAUCGGGUGAAACGGUACUGGAAUGGGCAGCUCCCGUGCAGCUCCUCACCCUCAGGGGACAGAAAACCGCGCGCAGAGAGUCACGAGAAGAGCCAAAAGGUGCAAAAUGAUGACAUUGAUCACCUAGGAGAAGAAUUCUGUCAAUGGUUCUUUGAACUUCUGAACUCUCAACAUCCAUUGAGUGUGCAAUCUGAAGAAACAUGGGGGCCACAGCAUUUCUGGGAGGAUGCCAAAAUGAAAUUCUGUUACAAUACAUUAGAAAAAAACAUGGAAGAAUACGUUGGUGCAGAAAUGGUGAGCCUUCGUCUGCUCUCGUUGGUUAAAGAAGAGUAUCUUCUACUGAAUCCCAACUUGAAUACUGACGGACUGAAGUGCACAAUGUCUCGACAUGGGUUGGUGCUGGUAGCCGUGGCUGGUACGGUACAUAGAGGCAAUAGCUGUUUGGGUGUUUUUGAGCAAAUUUUUGGACUCAUCCGCUGCCCAAUGAGAGAGAACACCUGGAAAAUCAAAUUUGUGAAUCUUAAAAUAGUUGGACAGAAUGCUCUGGAGCCUGGGAAGCAAUUUGAAAAGCCAUCCAUAAACUAUGAAUCAAACCAACUGCAAGCACUGUAUGAUGGGAAAGAGCUGAGCCUGAUGGAAUCUCAGAAAUUCUGAGCAAUUCCUUCACAACUGAGAGACUACAGGGGGAAAAAACACCGGACACUUGUAGUGCUUCCUUAAAUAUUGAAACCAUUGAAACCAUUGCAGCUGUGUCAUGUUGUCUCUUUGAGUCAGAUUUACUAACUGAAUGGCAAACAUUAUAUAUAUAUAUAUAUAUAUAUAUAUAUACCAGCAUAAAAUGUUACUAAUAUUUUGGGCACCUUUCCAACAACUUGCAAAGAAUUCAGAAUGUUUUAAAACUUUUUUAGCUGUAUAAAAUUACUUUGGUUACUCUUAGUUAUAAAACGUGGUUAUGUUUAAAUAUGCAGUGGCAGCAGUAUACAGUGUGGGUUGAGAUUCACAAAUUGUGGAUUACUUCUCCAGUCACCAGAGAAAAUUGAUGAAAAUUGAGAAWUUUUUUGGCCCUGGCUGCUCAGGGAUGUAAUAAUAAAUAUUCUACGGAAAACGAUUGGCCAGGAUCUGAAUGUCAAUGAUAUACUUUGUGAGAUUGUAUACA